CAGGGUAAGAGUGCAAUAAAUAGUAUGAGAGAGUUACUGGAUCUGAAACUUAAUUAAGUUCGUAAAAUAAACCGAUAGCAAGAUGAUAACAUAAAACUAUUGAAGUCUCGAUUGAAUCAUAUUUAACACUAAGAUAUAAUUGGUUAAAGAAAUAUCUCUAGAACAAGUAAUGAAAUAUAAUCAAUAAUUUCUACUAAAUCUAGAGUGAAUGAUGAUUAAUAGAGAAAGGUAUAUAAAUAUAAUAUAAAAAAUAUGAUUAGUAAUUCAUAGAGGAGGUAAGAUAAAAGAAAUUGGAUGAAUAUUCUUAAAGAGCUAAUAUGUCAAAAAUGGAGAGAAUGAAAAGAAGUCAGAAUGUUGAUAAUUGUAAUGAAUAUAUGUAUUUUUUAGAGAAAUAAGUAUAUUCCGAAACUCAUUCAUUUUUAAAUAAAGAAUAUAAAAUGAACGUUUCUCUAGCAAAACUAUAAACAUAGAAUGAAAUAUAUGGGACAAAUUGUAAAUCUCAUAAGUUAAUAAGAUAAGCUCAUCUUAAACAUUAAUAAGAUAAGAUUAUAUAAUAGCAAAUAGUAUAAUAAUAAUUGAUAAUAGAAAUAAUAAGAAGGAUAAUAUAAUUACAAAUAGAAGAUUAUAAAAGAGGCAUAGUAAUUUAAAGAAAGAUAGAUGAGAGUAACAGAAUUAGAAGAAGCAGAAGAAUAAUAUUUAAUGAAAUUGAAAGUAACUUAAAGUAAGAAUCGAUCUAUGAGUGCUAAAAAAGAGGAGAUUAAGAGAUUACCUGCAGAUAGGAUAACAAUUAACAAAAACAAUCUCUUUAGAAUAAAUUGA